UUCCUUCGCGGAGUUUUACUCAUACUAUUACUAUAAUUAAUGCAUGCGACUUUCGUAUGUCUGUGGAAUGAAACAGAUUCUUGUAUUUAGGGAUAAAAUUAUUAGCGCAAUGUUUUUAUACAUACUACCUUUGAGAACUAUGUGAUACCCAUUAAAUUGUGCAAAAUGUUACUCAAUGACCGUCUAUGCCAAUGGCUAGGGCAUUUAAAGUUGUCUCGAGUAAUUUUAAUGGUCUCCGUAAUAUUAUUUGUGGUGCCGCUUGUAACACACUACUAUUUGUCCAAGUAUGAUUCAUUGUCGUUUUCCUUUGAUGGCAACCCCAUGCGCCAUACUCUGGAUGCCUAUGGAGACUUUUCAUUGAUGAAUGCUGCAGAUCUCAAGAUUAGGAUAGAAGAAAUGCUUAGAAUUAAGGCAUCAGUAUCGACAGAGCUCCGUGAGCUUGAAGCUCGGCGAGCGCGAUUGCAGCGGGAGGCGGCGGCAGCGGGCGCGCGCGCCGACAGCGCCAAAACCGAACACUCGCGCGCCGCCGCCGAGCUGCAGCGCCUGCGCGUGUCCGCCGACCAGGCGCGCCUCGCGCAGCUCGAGGCCAUUCGCCGAGAUUCGCCAGAGCUCGCUCCACCUUCCCCUCUCCUACCUUCGCAACCUCCGCCCGUCCUCCCACCCCUCCCCACCGCUUCCCAACACCACUGCCGUAUGCACUCCUGUUUUGAUCACUCCCGUUGUUCUCUUACAUCCGGCUUUCCUGUAUACUUUUAUGACCCUGAUACCUAUGCGCCCAUUGCUGGCGCGGAAGUGGAUGGCUUCUUGAAAACGACAGUAAGACAGACACUGGGAUACAAUGCGCAUAUUACACAAGACCCCAAAGAAGCUUGUAUCUAUCUAGUCCUAGUUGGAGAGGCUUUCUCUUCAGAAAGGAAUUCAAUAUCAAGAGAUGACAACUUAAAAUUGGCUUUAAAUGAAACUGUAAUCAAAAGUUUACCGUACUGGGGUGGCGACGGUCGCAACCACGUCCUUAUUAACUUGGCACGAAGAGAGUUGUCUGUGGGCGCUGGCGACGCGUUUAAGAGUGCUACGACGGGCAGAGCUAUGAUAGCACAGUCUACGUUUACUCUGAACCAGUUCCGGCCAGGGUUCGACAUCGUAACGCCCCCAGCGCUCGGCCCACCCGGCGGAGAUGUAUGGCUGGACUGCGCUCCAAUAGCUCCCGCCAGACGGAAAUAUUUACUGAGUUUUCAGGGCUCGCAACCGCCUUUUAAUGGAUUAAAUAAAGAUGAGGAUAAAUCUGUGAUCGAAGCACUCCAAAAGACUGCAAAGUCGAGCUCCACGUCAGAUGUAUUUUUCCUGCAAUUUGAAUGCGACCCACCCGUCGAAAAGCGUACAGUGUACCCUAUUGGUGAUUGGGCCUUAUGCGGCACAGACCGCUCGAGGCGUGCCUUGCUAAAAGAUUCUACCUUUGUCGUCAUUCUUGCUCCAAGCGAACCAAGUUAUACCUCGACAGCAUUGCUGCAAGCAAGGCUGUAUGAAGGUUUGAGAUCUGGCGCAAUUCCUGUCGUCUUAGGUGGAGACAGAAUUACGUUGCCUUAUGACGAAGUGCUCGAUUGGCGACGUGCAGUACUAUUACUUCCAAAGGCUCGAGUUCCUGAGCUGCACUUUGUUUUACGAGCGUUUUCUGACGCCGACCUGCUCGCAUUUAGGAGACAGGGGCGAUUAUUCUGGGAGCGGUACCUUAGCUCAGUGCAAGUGAUGGUAGAUUCACUGUUAGCAGUGAUCCGAACACGCCUGAACAUACCGGCGCGGCCGGCGGCGCCGACGGUCGGGACACCGGCCUUCAACGAAUCAUACUACCCGCCACGGUUGGAGCCGCCGGCGAUAGACGCGGAGCCGGAGGAGACGCUCGGGCCGCUGGAGGCGCCGUACUCGAGCCCGACAUACCGCCGUAAUUAUUCGAUAGGGCUGGUGCACGGGUACGAACUAUGGAACGAGUGGGCGGACCCGUUCGCGCUGUACCCGCAGACGCCUUGGGACCCGCCAGUGACAUCAGAGGCGCGCUUCAUGGGAUCGGCAGCCGGGUUCCGGCCGGUGGGCGCGGGCGCGGGCGGCGCUGGCAAGGAGUUCAGCGAAGCGCUGGGCGGCGACCGUCCGCGGGAGCAGUUCACCGUCGUCAUCCUCACGUACGAGCGAGAAGCGGUGCUGGCGGCGGCCGUCGCGCGCCUGCGCGGUCUGCCCUACUUGAACAAGGUGGUGGUGGUAUGGAACGGGCGUACUCCGCCGUCCGCCUCGCUGGCCUGGCCGGAGAGCGGCGCGCCCGUGGCGGUGGUGCGCGCGGCGCGCAACUCGUUGAACAAUCGCUUCCUGCCGUACGACCUCAUCGACACCGAGGCCGUGCUCUGCGUCGACGACGACGCGCACCUCAGGCACGACGAGAUCGUGUUCGCCUUCAGAGUAUGGCGUGAGCACCGAGACCGCAUUGUGGGGUUCCCCGGACGAUACCAUGCCUGGGACCUCAACUACAACAACGGGUUUCUUUACAACUCGAAUUACAGCUGCGAGCUGAGCAUGGUGCUGACGGGCGCGGCGUUCGUGCACCGCUACUACCUGUGGGCGUACUGGCGCGCGCUGCCCGCCGCCAUCCGGGACUACGUCGACGAGUUCAUGAACUGCGAGGACAUCGCCAUGAACUUCCUCGUCGCGCACAUCACUAGGAAACCGCCCGUCAAGGUGACGUCGCGCUGGACGUUCCGAUGCCCCGGCUGUCCCGUCACGCUCUCCUCCGACGAGACGCACUUCCACGAGAGGCAUAAGUGCAUCCAGUUCUUUUCCCAGGUAAUGGGCUACACUCCACUGCUGUCUACACAAUUCCGAGCCGACUCCGUUCUCUUCAAAACGCGCAUUCCACACGACAAGCAGAAAUGUUUCAAGUUCAUAUAACAGGCAGGUCAGCACCCAAACGAUACAUUAUACCGGUAUUAAGACGAAGUCUGUCGAGAUGGAAUGCUAUAGUGGUGACAGAGGAACUAACACGAAAAUCGAAAUUUCGUUAUCUGUGUCUCCAUCGCACCUGCGUAUUCGAGCGAUAGAAAGGUGAAGACGUGUGAACAAGCGAAGUAGUUCGCGGUGGGCCCUCAGAUUCUGGUAGACAAUUGUUAGAUUAUUUAUUAUGCAGUGCUCUUGGUUGCUGCCGCACCGUUAUAUGGUUCAAAUUCGUGUAAUGGCUAGCUCAUUUGGAGAUAACACUUUUUUUUUGCUACCUGAAUGUGGACAGUCGAUCGCCCAACAUUAUCCAAACGUGUUAGCUCUGAAUUCGAAAAACGGGCUAGUUCUUUUAACUCGUGAGGGAUUCGGUAGCUAGCCGCACUGCAUAAAGAAACUAUGCCUUUUAUUUCACAGAUUAAGGUUUGAGCCGAAUAAAAUCACCUCGGAAAAUUUCAACUAUAAUAUCAAUACUAUUUCAACUAUAAUAUGGAAAGUGAAGAAAUCAAGUUUGUGGCGAUUCAAAAGUAGGUAGGUGAAAUGCAAAAUGUUAUAGCCAAGCUGUAACAAAAAAUGUAUAGAUUAAAAUUUAGAUACAUUUAUUAAAAUAAAAUCAAAACUGAGGAGUAACAUACUAGGGUAACAUAUCCCUUUUUUAAUACUUCUGAAAAUAAUGAUGUAUUGUGAAUAUUUCAUGACUUAGUUAACAAAUUUUGAUUGAGGUUUACGAAAGCAUUUCGUAAGCGACAUUGUCGUGGAAUACCCCACCGUCGGAAACACGUCGCGGUUAUAUUUCAUAGAGUAUUGACACAUACCAUUUUGAUUUCUUAUUGUUCAUAUUAUACGUGUGUAUGAAUUAAGUUAUACUAUGGUAAAUCAUGUGAAUGACAUAUUUAUUAGAACACUUAGUUUAAAUAUUGAUGACGUGUAUCUUUAAUAAUAUGAGGCUUUAUAUUUGAAUGACGCUCUAUAAUAUUUUUAAAAAUACGCAUUGUACAUAUUUAUAUUAUUGGAUAUCGAUAAUCUUUAUACAUUGUAUACCUAGUGUUAGUGGUUCAUAUCCUAUUUAAUUAGAUAUUUAUAUUACCUACCGGUUGUAUCGCCUGUUGUAAGAUUAACGAUGAACUAUACUUAUUUUUAUUGUGUAGGUAGUUACUGGUAUUAUUUUAUAACCAUGACCUUGUUCAAAUGUUAUAUUUGUUAAACCGAUAAUUUGAUAUAGACUUAUCAAACGAGUGAAUAAUUAAUCUUAUUAUAUUUAUUAUAAAAAAUAGUAUACUCCGACAAAAAGAGCGCUGGUGGCCUAGCGGUAAGAGCGUGAGACUUCAAUCUGGAAGUCGCGGGUUCAUACCCCGGCUUGCACUAAUGAGCUUUUCCGAACGUUAUGUACGUAAUAUCAAUUGAUAUUUACCAGUCGACAUCCUGAGUACCAGAAAACAUCCUGAGGAAACCGGACUAAUCCUAAUAAGAACUAGUUUACUCUCUGGGUUGGAAGGUCAGAUGGCAGUCGCUUUCGUAAAAACUAGGGCCCACGAAAAUUCUUGGAAUUAGUUGCAAAGCAGGCAGGUAAAUGCCGGGCCAACGCGAGGAAGACGAUGUAUUUAUAUUUAUGUAGCAAAAAUGUAAAUACUUAUUAAAUUGUAUUGCGAGUCAGUACUAAGAUAGAUACUCGUAGAACUGCUGGGAAUGUUAGUAAAGUGUAUAAGCACGCUGUAUUCUAUCCCCCUUAUUCAUAAACGUCUACUAAAGUUGACAAGACGAUAACAAUCGAUUGUCCCUUUUCUGACGUAUUGGUAUGAUGGAAAGGGACAAACGAUUAUUAUCGUCUUGUCAACUUUAGUAGACGUUUAUGGAUAAGUACGUAAAUAGAAUAAUGAUGAAAAUUCUCGAUGAAGAUCAAAUUAGGAUUGGUUUAAUUUUUAUAUAAUAUACCACAUUGAACUGCCUAAAUUUAGGAAUUUGGCAAAUGAGUAAAUGCUGGCAAUUUAAUUUUGUGCCUUAACUUCUAAUACUCUUAACAAUUCGCCAUCUUAGGCAUUAAGAAUUAAGUCACUAGUUAGUUUAUAAUUUGUAUAUUUUUUAUACUGAAAAAUAGUUUAGGAUAUCUGUAGUUCGAACAUCAAUCCACGUAGAUCAUCCAGAUAAUGUUAUGAUAUGUUUAAAAAUCUGUUCACGCUUAUUUGCUUUAGUGAAUUUCACAUGUAUAGUGGAUAAAUGAUUUUGGUAAUCAAUCAUUAUUUAAUAGAAACCUAACGUUACUUAAGUAUUACUACUUGGCUUCUCUAGGUUUAUAUUGUAAAUAUUAAGUCAGUACUAUAACUAGUUUGUAGAUGUAAAAUGUAUCUCAAAGAACAUUUAUUUUUAUGUUUGUAUAUUCAUUUAUAUUUUAGUUUUGUGCCAAUUCUACGUUUACUCAGAAAAUAUUUAGUCAUUCGUUUAAUUUUUGGGGACAAUAAGGGGGCAUACAUUAAUUAGGUGAGGAGUUAUUGAGGAUUUUGUGCCCUCCCAUCCCCCUUGUGAGAUGUCGUGAGAUUUGUCUUUAAUCUCAUGUGAGAUCUUGAAAAUUUUGUCUUUUGAGAUUUUUGAGUAUAAAUGCGUUUGAUAUAUUCAACAAAACACAAUGUGGUUUACUAUUUUUAUUCAGCUUUGUAAACACGACGGGUACCGAAUCUUUAAUAUACUUAUCAAUACGAAAUAAUUUUACAUAUAUUCAUGGAUUUUAAUGUACUUAUUGAAGAAUUGUGUCAGAUUAUGGCAUAUUGUAGUCUACUUAGAUACAUGUUUUAUUUUAAAUUAAUCUAAUUCUCGCAAUUUUUACACUAUAUUUUUUGCCCGAAAUAAAUACGUGGUAUUUGCCCAAAACCCCUCUCCCCCACCUCAUAUUUAGUGAAAUACAGCUUGCCCCCCCCUCCCUUGAAGCCCUGACAUAAUUAAUUGAUGUCCCCUUAAACGUUUAGUACCUAAGUGAUACAGGACCUUGAUCAAUAUUUAUUUGUUUACUAUUUUUAAGAGUGCUACAUAUUAUUGAUACCUGUUUAAAAUUGGACCUUUACAAUAUAUUAGGAUUAGAAUUGAUUAUAUUUUGUGUAACAUCUGCAGCAGCAUUUAUUUUCAUUAAGUAAUAGAUGUCGAUGUGACGUAAUAAAAUUAAAGACUGAUAAUUUGGGCUACUAUUAAUUUGGCAUCAAGAUGAAACGAAAUGUGUACCAUUUUAAAUACCAUGCCUAAUCUUUUUUUUUGCGCCUUUUCAAUUUCAGAAGAUUCGGCAUAAUCAUUGAUUUUGCAGUAAAGUCACCUCCCCAAAAACUGCUCCUUUUGUUUGGAUUUAAGAAGAGGAAAGUGUGUGAAUCCUCUGACUUUAUCAUCAAAUCAUAACGCUGUGUUAGCAAUACCUACCUAGGGUGAUGCUAUAGGUAUUGGCCACAACAUAGUAAUUGGCCACUCUGAACAAUAAGGCUUCAAUUGACUUGUUUAUUUCUGUUAGGAGAAAUGCUCAGUUACGGUCGUUGAGCAUUUCAGGUCUAGGCCGCAACACCUACCACCAGUUUGACAUUGACAUAUUCGCUAACGUCUGCGUAACUUGCUUUCUAUAUAUCUACUCAUGCGAGUACCAGCGAGGUGCAUAGAAAGUAAGUUGCGCACACGCUAGAGCAGAGCAGAGGCGUAUUUACAAAUUUGGCUCCCCGGGCCAUUUUGAUUUGCCGCCCCCCUUCAUCAGUGACGAUAAAGUAUUUUAUUUAAGAAAAAAAACCUGCAACGAGUACCUUUGGGGUGUGAAAUAAAAAAAAACUAAACAUUACCAUUUGCUUACAUAGGCAUUUACAUUGUUUUCCUAUGUAGAAAUUGGUUGACAAAAUCAUCAAAGACGCUGGUUGACGCAGCCUGCCGCCCCGGGCCAUGGCCCCCUUGGCCCUAGGGUAAAUACGCCCCUGCGCUAGAGAAUAUGUCAGUUUUACACUGCUAAGGCAAGAGUGGAUGGACAACGACAGUCGUUGUAAAGCUACUAGGGCACGGCACGUAUCACUUACCGCCGUAUAUUGGACUUUUAGGUUGUUGUUGGUUUAAAGGUGAUACAUCCACUCUUUUUAGGGUUCCGUACCCAAAGGGUAAAACGGGACCCUAUUACUAAGACUUCGCUGUCCGUCCGUCCGUCCGUCCGUCCGUCCGUCUGUCUGUCACCAGGCUGUAUCUCACGAACCGUGAUAGCUAGACAGUUGAAAUUUUCACAGAUGAUGUAUUUCUGUUGCCGCUAUAACAACAACAACAGAAUAAAAUAAAGAUUUAAAUGGGGCUCCCAUACAACAAACGUGAUUUUUGACCAAAGUUAAGCAACGUCGGGAGUGGUCAGUACUUGGAUGGAUGACCGUUUUCGUUUUGCAUUUUUUUCCUUUUUUUUUUUGCUUUAUGGUACGGAACCCUUCGUGCGCGAGUCCGACUCGCACUUGCCCGGUUUUUUGAUGAAAACGAACCAAAGCCAGAUUUCGCUCGGCCCUUUUUGACACACUCUGCCAGCGAUUUCCUAUAAAUCAGUUUUUGUGAAAUAUGUUAUUGAAGUGUGUUUGUAUAAAAUAUAUUAUAAUUUGUACGUACCUAUUUAAUAACUUUAUAAACGUA